AUGGCGACUCUCUCCGUUCCCCGCAGCCCGCCCUCCGCCUGCUCGCCCCGCAGGCCCGCCGCCUCCAACCCCAACCCGCGGCUCCCCUCCCGCUCCACCCUCGCCGUCUGCCUCGCCACGAAGCCCAAGGUGCCCCUCCCCAUCGCCUCGCCGUCCCCGCUCGGGAACGACCCCGCCAAGUGGGACCCCGCCGAGUGCGACGCCCUCCUCCGCGGCGGCGAGCAGGUCGCCUCCGUGCUCCAGGAGAUGCUCAAGCUGAUGGAAGACAUGGAGAUGGAUGGCGAAUUUGCAGCGGUGGCCGUGGAGCUUGUGGCGCAGGGAGUCAUUGGGAACAGGGUUGAUGAGAUGGAGUCUGGCUUUCUUAUGGCACUCGAUUACAUGAUACAGCUCGCACAGAAGGAUGGUGAUGAUGAGCGUCACUCUCUUCUUGAAGUAGUCAAGCAGACAGUGCUUGACCAUCUCACGAAAAAAUGCCCUCCACAUGUUCAAGUGGUUGGACUUCUUUGCCAGACUGAAAAGAAGGAGAGCAGACAUGAAUUACUACGUCGUGUAGCUGCUGGUGGAGGUGUGUUUGAAAAUGAUAAAGGCCUGAAGGUUCAAAUUCCAGGAGCAAAUCUCAAUGACAUAGCAAAUCAGGCGGAUGAUCUGCUGGAGACAAUGGAAACCAGAUCCAAAGUUCCCGAUCGAAAACUUCUGGCCAGACUAGUUAUAGUAAGAGAGGAAGCUCGAAAUAUGAUGGGAGGUGGCCUUUUAGACGAAAGAAAUGAUCGUGGUCUCAAUACCCUUCCUCAAGCAGAGGUGAACUUCUUGAGCAAACUGGUUGCUCUGAAACCAGGGAAAGCAGUGGAGACGAUGAUUAGAGAUGUUAUGCUUGGCAAAGGGGAAGGUGCCGAUAGCACUGAACCAAAUUCGGACCUGGAACCUCCAACUGGGACAGCUGAAAAGGAAAAUGUAACAGGCCGCAAGCCACACCCUGUCCGGCCAGGAAUGUUCCUUGAGACAGUUUCUAAGGUUCUUGGUGGCAUAUAUGCAAGUAACACAUCGGGCAUUACAGCACAACAUUUAGAAUGGGUACAUGAAACAACAUUGAGAAUUCUUCAGGAGAUAGCCUUCUAAUUAAUGUUGCAUGCGAUCACUUGCACAUAUACGGAAAAUGUAUACAAGCUGCUAUCGACAUAUUAUUCUCGUUACGGAGCUUGUUCAUGGGGUGGGUCAGAAAUUAUCUAGCUGAGAAAUGAAGCAGAAGAAAUACAGUGACCGGGGCGCCUGAAGGCCAACUAUUUACUUGCAGAAGAGUACCAUGGUAUGAUCAUGCGCAGGCUGCAUUCUGGGAGUAACUUGGAAGACUUGAAGAUGAGCACAAUGGAACGGUUAGUUAGAAUGAUGCUAGUAAGUAGCGAUAGCUUUCUUCAAGUAGUAGUGCGGACUGUCAUGUGGCUGCACUAGCCAAAGUGAACAUACUACUACCGGACCGAAAAGGGUUUUGCAAGGUUCUUAGAUAGUGUAGCCUACCUUGGAGCUUGCAACUCGCUAGACACUUUAGAAUGUGUAUUCAGGUGUAGUGAUGGAUAUGUUCCUUUGUAGCCGGUUACUUGACUGACUUCAUAUUUGUGCACUUA